GCAGUUGACAGUAGAGGUCUGCUGGACUAUUAAAAGCCAAACAAAUCAAUUUAAGUCACCAGAGACACGCACGGAAUAACAACCCUUACCAACCCAACAACAUGGCGCAGCAGUGGGAGGAUGCAGUCUUUGCUGCGAGGAGAAGGGGAGAUGAAUCUACAAGGGAAUCAAUGUUCACCUACACAAAUUCAAAUAAUACUAGAGAUCCAUUUGAGGGACCCAACUACCAAAUUGCCCCACGAUGGAUCUACAACAUCGCUACACUUUGGAUGUUCUUUGUGGUCAUUGCCUCUGUUUUCACCAACGGCCUGGUGCUGGUGGCUACAGCAAAGUUCAAGAAGCUCCGUCACCCUCUCAACUGGAUUUUGGUCAAUCUGGCUAUUGCUGAUCUUGGGGAAACAGUCAUAGCCAGCACCAUCAGUGUGAUUAACCAGAUAUCCGGCUACUUUAUCCUGGGACACACCUGUUGUAUUCUUGAAGGCUACACUGUGGCUACCUGCGGUAUUGCUGCUCUGUGGUCCCUGACUAUCAUCUCUUGGGAGAGAUGGGUGGUUGUGUGCAAACCCUUUGGAAAUGUCAAGUUUGAUGCCAAAUGGGCCAGUGGAGGAAUUAUCUUCUCAUGGGUGUGGGCAGCAUUCUGGUGUGCACCUCCCAUCUUUGGGUGGAGCAGGUAUUGGCCUCAUGGCCUGAAGACCUCAUGUGGACCUGAUGUGUUCAGUGGACCCGAGGUCCCUGGGAUCCAGUCCUACAUGGUUGUCCUGAUGGUCACCUGCUGCUUCCUUCCCCUGGGUAUCAUCAUCCUCUGCUACAUUGCUGUCUGGCUUGCCAUCCGCGCUGUAGCAGCACAGCAGAAGGACUCUGAGUCAACACAGAAGGCUGAGAGGGAAGUGUCCAGGAUGGUGGUUGUCAUGAUCGUUGCCUACUGCGUCUGCUGGGGACCAUAUACAGCCUUUGCCUGCUUCGGUGCAGCUAACCCAGGAUAUCCAUUCCAUCCUUUGCUUGCAGCCAUGCCUGCCUACAUGGCCAAGAGCGCCACCAUCUAUAACCCCAUUAUCUAUGUCUUCAUGAACCGACAGUUCCGUGUAUGCAUCAUGGAGCUCUUUGGCAAAGCAGCUGAUGAUGGAUCUGAAGUCUCCACAUCCAAAACAGAAGUCUCGUCUGUGGCACCUGCAUAAUUUCCCCACAUGCCAUCGCUUGGAACUUGGAAAAG